ACCUCUUUUGUCAUAUCAUUCGUUUUCUCCACAAUGGCCAAAAUUUCCUUGUGCUUCCUUCUUCCACUCUUCAUCGCCUUCUCACAAACAUCUCCGACCACCGGAGCAGAUUCCACCUUCGUGCAAUCCGUAAAACGGAACCCAAUGAAGCUCCGAUCAGAAAAACUCAGCCACUUCCGAUUCUACUGGCACGAUAUCAUCAGUGGCCCCAACCCGACCGUCGUCAACAUCGUGCAACCGCCGGCCAACAACAAAACGGGAUCCAUCGGAACCGGAUUCGGUAUGAUUAACAUGAUUGACGAUCCAUUGACGGAAAAACCAGAGGCAGAUUCCAAGUUAUUGGGGAGAGCACAAGGGUUCUAUGGACUGGCGUCACAGGAGGAAGUUGGGUUGUUAAUGGCGAUGAACUUUGUGUUUUCAACAGGAAAGUAUAACGGGAGUACUUUGACGAUUUUGGGGCGGAAUCCGGUGUUUCAUAAGGUGAGAGAGAUGCCGGUGAUCGGAGGAAGUGGGCUUUUCCGGUUUGCUAGAGGGUAUGUUCAGGCGAGUACGCAUACUUUUGAUUUGAAAACAGGGGAUGCAGUUGUUGAGUAUAAUGUUCAUGUUUUGCAUUAUUGAUCUUCUUGUUUUUUCAGGCAACAAGUUAAUUGAAUCAAUUUGUUUUGGUUUUGUUUGAUGAUUAAUAAUUUAUCUUUUUUUUGAGUUUUUCGUUUGUUGAAGUUGUUUUCAAUUUGUAGUCGGUGGCACUUUUUCAUCAUGAUGUCCAUUGUGGUCUCAUUUAGUAUUCCUUUAAAUAAUACAAUAAAAAUGUGUUUGGCAA